CCCCAUUCUCCCGCCUUCCAUCACCCCACCCCAUUCUCCCUCUUUCAAUCACCCCGCCCCAUUAUCCUGCUUUCCAUCACCCCGCCCCAUUCUCCCUCUAUCCAUCACCCGCCCAAUUUCCCACUUCCAUCACCCCGUCCCAUUCUCCCGUUUUCCAUCACCCUGCCCCAUUCUCUCGCUUUCCAUCACCCCGCCUUAUUCUCCCGCUUCCAUCACCCCGCCCCAUUCUCCCGAUUUCCAUCACCCCGCCCCAUUCUCCCGCUUUCGAUGACCCCGCCCCAUUCUUCCGCUUUCCAUCACCCCGCCCCAUUCUCCGCUUUUCCAACACCCCGCCUCAUUCUCCCGCUUUCCAUCCACCCCGCCCCAUUCUCACUCUUUCCAUCACCCUCCCCAUUCUCCCUCUUUCCAUCACCCCGCCCCAUUCCCCCGCCUUCCAUCACCCCACCCAUUCUCCAUCUUUCCAUCACCCUACCCAAUUCUCCCGCUUUCCAUCACCCCGCCCCAUUCUCUCGCCUUCCAUCACCCCGCCCCAUUAUCCCGCUUUCCAUCACCCCCCCAUUCUCCCUCUAUCCAUCACCCCGCCCAAUUCUCCCACUUUCCACCACCCCGUCCCAUUCUCCCGUUUUCCAUCACCCUGCCCAUUCUCUCGCUUUCCAUCACCCCGCCUUUUUCUCCCGCUUUCCAUCACCCCGCCCCAUUCCCGCCCAUUCUCCCGCUUUUCUUCACCCGCCCCAUUCUUCCGCUUUUCAUCAACCCGCCCCAUUCUCCCGCUUUCCAGCACCCCGCCCCAUUCUCCCGCUUUCCAUCACCCGCCCCAUUCUCCCUCUUUCCAUCACCCUGCCCCAUUCUCCCUCUUUCCAUCACCCCACCCUAUUCUCCCUCUUUCCAUCACCCCGCCCCACUCUCCCGCUUUCCAUCACCCCACCCCUUUCUCCCGCAUUCCAUCACCCCGCCCCAUUCUCCCGCUUUCCAUCACCCCGCCCCAUUCUCCCGCUUUCCAUCACCCCGCCCUAUUCUCCCGCUUUCCACCACCUUGCCCCAUUCUCCCGCUUUCCAUCACCCUGCCCCAUUCUCCCGCUUUCCAUCACCCGCCCCAUUCUCCCGCUUUCGAUCACCCCGCCCCAUUCUCCCGCUUUCCAUCACCCCGCCCCAUUUUCAAGCUUUCCAUCACCCCGCCCCAUUCUCCUGCUUUCCAUCACCCCGCUCAUUCUCCCGCUUUCCAUCACCUCGCCCCAUUCUCCCGCUUUUCAUCACCCCGCCCCAUUCUCCUGCUCCAUCACCCCGCCCCAUUCUCCUGCUUUCCAUCACCCCGCCCUAUUCUCCGCUUUCCAUCACCCUGCCCCAUUCUUCCCUUUCCAUCACCCCGCCCCAUUCUCCUCUUUCCACCACCCCGCCCUCUCCCGCUUUCCAUCACCCCGGCCCCAUUCUCCCUAUUUCCAUCACCCCGCUCCAUUCUCCCACUUUCAUCACCCGCCCCAUUCUCCCGCUUUCCGUCACCCCGCCCCAUUCUCCCGCUUUCCAUCACCCGCCCCAUUCUCCCUCUUUCCAUCACCCCGCCCAAGUCUCCCUCUUUCCAUCACCCUGCCCCAUUCUCCCUAUUUCCAUCACCCUGCCCCAUGCUCCCUCUUUCCAUCACCCGCCCCAUCCUCCCUAUUUCCAUCACCCCGCCCCAUUCUUCCGCUUUCCAUCACCCCGCCCCAUUCUCCAGCUUACCAUCAUCCCGCCCCAUUCUCCCGCUUUCCAUCACCCCGCCCCAUUCUCCGCUUUCCAUCACCCGCCCAAUUCUCCCAAUUUCCAUCACCCCGCCCCAUUCUCCCGCUUUCCAUCACCCCGCCCCAUUCUCCCGCUUUCCAUCACCCCGCCCCCAUUCACCCCGCCCCAUUCUCCCUCUUUCCAUCAACCCGCCCCAUUCUCCCGCUUUUCUUCACCCCGCCCCAUUCUCCCUCUUUCCAUCACCCCACCCCAUUCUUCCGCUUUUCAUCACCCUGCCCCAUUCCCCCUCUUUCCUUCACCCCGCCCAUUCCCCUCUUUCAUCAGCCCGCCCCAUUCUCCCGCUUUUCAUCACCCCGCCCCAUUCUUCCACUUUUCAUCACCCCGCCCCAUUCUCCCGCUUUCCAUCACCCCGUCCCAUUCUCAAGCUUUCCAUCACCCCGCCCCAUUCUCCCGCUUUCCAUCAUCCCGCCCCAUUCUCCUGCUUUCCAUCACCCCGUCCCGUUCUCUCGCUUUCCAUCACCCCGCCCCAUUUUCCCGCUUUCAUCACCCCGCCCCGCUCCAUUCUCCCGCUUCCAUCACCCCGCCCAAUUCUCCCUCUUUCCAUCACCCCGCCCCAUUCUCCCUAUUUCCAUCACCCUGCCCCAUGCUCCCUCUUUCCAUCACCCCGCCCCAUCCUCCCUAUUUCCAUCACCCCGCCCCAUUCUUCGCUUUCCAUCACCCCGCCCCAUUCUCCAGCUUACCAUCAUCCCGCCCCAUUCUCCCGCUUUCCAUCACCCCGCCCCAUUCUCCAGCUUUCCAUCACCCCGCCCCAUUCUCCCGCUUUCCAUCAACCCGCCCAAUUCUCCCGCUUUCCAUCACCCGCCCAUUCUCCCGCUUUCCAUCACCCCGCCCCAUUCUCCCGCUUUCCAUCACCCCGCCCCAUUCUCCCGCUUUCCAUCACCCCGUCCCAUUCUCAAGCUUUCCAUCACCCCGCCCCAUUCUCCCGCUUUCCAUCAUCCCGCCCCAUUCUCCUACUUUCCAUCACCCCGUCCCGUUCUCUCGCUUUCCAUCACCCCGCCCCAUUUUCCUGCUUUCCAUCACCCCGCCCGCUCCAUUCUCCCGCUUUCCAUCACCCCGCCCAAUUCUCCCUCUUCCAUCACCCCUCCCCAUUUCUCCCUCUUUCCAUCACCCCGCCCCAUUCUCCCUUUUUCCAUCACCCCGCCCCAUUCUCCCGCCUUUCAUCACCCUCCCUAUUCUCCCGCUUUCCAUUCACCCCGCCCAAUUCUCCCGCUUUCCAUCACCCCGCCCCAUUCUCCCGCCUUCCAUCACCCCCACCCCAUUCUCCCUCUUUCAAUCACCCCGCCCCAUUAUACUGCUUUCCAUCACCCCGCCCCAUUCUCCCUCUAUCCAUCACCCCGCCAAAUUCUCCCACUUUCCAUCACCCGUCCCAUUCUCCCGUUUUCCAUCACCCGCCCCAUUCUCUCGCUUUCCAUCACCCCGCCUUAUUCUCCCGCUUUCCAUCACCCCGCCCCAUUUUCCCGAUUUCCAUCACCCGCCCCAUUCUCCCGCUUUCGAUGACCCCGCCCCAUUCUUCCGCUUUUCCAUCACCCCGCCCCAUUCUCCCGCUUUCCAACACCCCGCCUCAUUCUCCCGCUUUCCAUCACCCCGCCCCAUUCUCACUCUUUCUAUCCCUCCCGUUCUCCCUCUUUCCAUCACCCCGCCCCAUUCCCGCCUUCCAUCACCCACCCCAUUCUCCAUCUUUCCAUCACCCUACCCAAUUCUCCCGCUUUCCAUCACCCCGCCCCAUUCUCCCGCCUUCCAUCACCCCGCCCCAUUAUCCCGCUUUCCAUCACCCGCCCAUUCUCCCUCUAUCCAUCACCCCCGCCCAAUUCUCCCACUUUCCCACCACCCCGUCCCAUUCUCCCGUUUUCCAUCACCCUGCCCUAUUCUCUCGCUUUCCAUCCACCCCGCCUUUUUCUCCCGCUUUCCAUCACCCCGCCCCAUUGUCUCGAUUUCCAUCACCCCGCCCCCAUUCUCUCGCUUUCCAUGACCCCGACCCAUUUCUCCCCGCUUCUCCAUCACCCCGCCCCAUUCUCCCGCUUUCAAACACCCCCGCCUCAUUCUCCCACUUUCCAUCACUCCCGCCCCAUUCUCACUCUUUCCAUCACCCCUCCCCAUUCUCCCCUCUUUCCAUCACCCCGCCCCAUUCUCCUGCUUUCUAUCACCCCGCCCCAUUCUCCCUCUUUCCAUCACCCCGCCCCAUUCUCCCGCUUUCCAUCACCCCGCCCCAUUCUCCUGAUUUCCAUCACCCCGCCCCAUUCUCCCGCUUUCCAUCACCCUCGCCCCAUUCUCCCGCUUUCCAUCAACCCGCCCCAUUCUCCUGCUUUCCAUCACCCGCCCCAUUCUCCCGCUUUCCAUCGCCCCAUUCUCCCGCUUUCCAUCACCCCGCCCCAUUCUCCCUCCUUUCCAAUCACCCCGCCCCAUUCUCCCACUUUCAAUCACCCCGCCCCAUUUUUCCCUUUUUCCAUCACCCCCGCCCCAUUCUCCCGCUUUCCAUCACCCCGCCCCAUUUUUCCCUCUUUUCACUCACCCUCGCCCCCCAUUCUCCCGCUUUCCAUCACCCCGCCCCAUUCUCCCGCUUUCCAUCAUCCCGCCCCAUUUUCCCUCUUUCCCAUCACCCCGCCCCAUUCUCGCGCCUCUCCAUCACCCUGCCCCAUUCUCCCUCUUUCCCUCACCCCGCCCCAUUCUCCCGCUUUCCAUCACCCCGCCCCAUUUCUCCCGCUUUCCAUCACCCCGCCCCAUUCUCCCACUUUCCAUCACCCCGCCCCAUUCUCCCUCUUUCCAUCACCCCGCCCCAUUUCUCCCGCUUUCCAUCACCCCGCACCAUUUUCCCUCUUUCCAUCACCCCGCCCCAUUCUCCCGCUUUCCAUCAACCCCGCCCCAUUCUCCCUCUUCCCAUCACCCCGCCCCAUUCUCCCGCCUUUCAUCACGCCACCCCAUUCUCCCGCUUUCCAUCUCCCCGCCCAAUUCUCCCGCUUCCCAUCACCCCGCCCCAUUCUCCCGCCUUCCAUCACCCCGCCCCAUUCUCCCUCUUUUCCAUCACCCCGCCCCCAUUCUCCCGCUUUCCAUCACCCCGCCCCAUUCUCCCGCUUUCCAUCACCCCGCCCCAUUCUCCCGCUUUCCAUCACCCCACCCCAUUCUCCCGCUUUCCAUCACCCCGCCCCAUUCUCCCGGUUUCCAUCACCCCGGCCCCAUUUUUCCCGCCUUUUCCAUCACCCCGCCCCAUUCUCCGCUUUCCAUCACCCCGCCCCAUUUCUCCCGCCUUUCCAUCACCCCGACCCGUUCUCUCGCUUUUCCAUCACCCCGCCCACAUCUCUCCCGCUUUCCAUCCCCCGCCCCAUUCUCCCGCUUUCCAUCACCGCGCUUUCCAUCACCCCGCCCCAUUCUCCCUCUUUCCAUCACCCCGCCCCAUUUCUCCCGCUUUCCAUCACCCCGCACCAUUUUCCCUCUUUUCCAUCACCCCGCCCCAUUCUCCCGCUUUCCAUCACCGCCCCAUUCUCCCUCUUCCCAUCACCCCGCCCCAUUCUCCCGCCUUUUCAUCACCCCGCCCCUUCUCCCGCUUUCCAUCACCCGCCCAAUUCUCCCUGCUUCCCAUCACCCCCGCCCAUUCUCCGCCUUCAUCACCCCGCCCCAUUCUCCCUCUUCAUCACCCCGCCCCAUUCUCCCCGCUUUCAUCACCCCGCCCAUUCUCCCGCUUUCCAUCACCCUGCCCCAUUUCUCCACGCUUUCCCAUCACCCCGCCCCAUUCUCCCGCUUUCCAUCACCCCCACCCCAUUCUCCCGCUUUUCCAUCACCCCGCCCCAUUUCUCCUGGUUUCCAUCACCCCGGCCCAUUUUCCCGCCUUUCCAUCACCCCGCCCCAUUCUCCCGCUUUCCAUCACCCGCCCCAUUCUCCCGCCUUUCCAUCACCCCAACCCGUUCUCUCGCUUUCCAUCACCCCCGUCCCCCAUUCUCCCGCUUUCCAUCAUCCCGCCCGCUCCAUUCUCCCGCUUUCCAUCACCCCGCCGAAUUCUCCCUCUUUCCAUCACCCUCCCCAUCUCCCUCUUUCCCUUCACCCUGCCCCAUUCUCCCUCUUUCCAUCACCCCGCCCCAUUCUCCCCGCCUUUCAUCACCCCGCCCUAUUCUCCCGCUUUCCAUCACCCCGCCCAAUUCUCUCACGCUUUCAUCACCCCGCCCCAUUCUCCCGCUUUCCAAUCACCCCCGCCCCUUCUCCUCUUUCCAUCACCCCGCCCCAUUCUCUCGCUUUCCAUCACCCCCCGCCCCAUUCUCCCUCUUUCCAUCACCCCGGCCCGUUCUCCUCUUUCCAUCACCCCGCCCCAUUCUCCCACUUUUCCAUCACCCCGCGCCAUUUUCCCUCUUCUCCAUCACCCCGCCCCAUUCUCCCGCCUUCUCCAUCACCUGCCCCCAUUCUCUCGCUUUCCAUCAUCCGCUCCAUUGUCCCGCUUUUCCAUCACCCCGCCCAAUUCUCCCUCUUCCAUCACCCCGCCCCAUUCUCCCUUUUCCAUCACCCCGCCCCAUUCUCCCGCUUUCCAUCACCCCGGCCCCGUUCUCCCUCUUUCCAUCACACCGCCCCAUUCUCCCUCUUUCCAUCACCCCGCCCCAUUCUCCCGCUUUUCCAUCACCCUGCCCCAUUAUUCCUCUUUUCAUCAGCCCCGCCCCAUUCUCCCGCUUUCUCAUCAUCCCGCCCCCAUUCUCCCUCUUUCCAUCACCCCGCCCCGUUCUCCCGCUUUCCCAUCACCCCUGCCCCCAUUCUCCCGCUGUCCAUCACCCCGCCCCAUCUCCUGCUUUCCAUCACCCUGCCCCAUUCUCCCUCUUCCCAUCACCCCGCACUAUUCUCUCGCUUCCACACCCCGCCCCAUUCUCCCGCUUUCUAUCACCCCGCCCCCAUUCUCCCGCUUUCCAUCACCCCGUCCCAUUCUCCCUCUUUCCAUCACCCCGCCCCAUUCUUUUGCGUUCCAUCACCCCACCCCAUCCUCCCCUCUUUCCAUCACCCCGCCCCAUUCUCCCGAUUUCUAUCACCCCGCCCCAUUCUCCCCUUUUUCCCAUCACCCCGCCCCAUUCUCCGCUUUCCAUCACCCUGCCCCGUUUCUCCCUCUUCUCCAUCACCCCGCCCAUUCUCCCUCUUUCCAUCCACCCCGCCCCCAUUCUCCCGCUUUCCAUCACCCUGCCCAUUCUCCCUCUUUUCAUAGCCCCGCCCCUCCCAUUCUCCCGCUUUCCAUCACCCCGCCCCAUUCUCCCUCUUUCCAUAACCCUGCCCCAUACUCCCGCUUUCCAUCACCCCCGCCCCAUUCUCCCUCUUUCCAUCACCCCGCCCCGUUCUCCCAUGCUUUCCAAUCACCCCGCCCCAUCCUCCCGCUUUUCAUCACACCCGCCCAUUCUCCCGCUUUCCAACCCCCCGCCCCGUUCUCCCGCUUUUCCAUCACCCCGCCCAUUCUCCCGCUUUCUCCAUCACCGCGCCCCAUCUCCCGCUUUCCACUCACUCCCUCCCCAUUCUCCGGCUUCCAUCACCCCGCCCCAUCUCCCGCUUUCCAUCAACCCGCCCUAUUCUCCCUCCUGCCCCAUCACCCCGCCUCAUUUCUUCCCUCCUUCCAUCACCCCGCCCCCAUUCUCCCGCUUUCCAUCACCCCGCCCCAUUCUCCUCCUUUCCACUCACCAGCCCCCAUCUCGCGCUUCCUCACCCCGCCCCCAUUUUCCCGCUUUCCAUCCACCCCGCCCCAUUCUCCCGCUUUCCAUCACCCCGCCCCCAAUCUCCUGCUUUCCAUCACCCCGCCCCAUUCUCCCUCCUCCAUCACCCCGCCCCAUUCUCCCGCUUUCCAUCACCCCCGCCCCAUUUCUCCUGCUUUCCAUAACCCCACCCCAUUCUCCCUCCUUUCAUCACCCCGCCCCAUUCUCCGCUUUUCCAUCACCCAGCCCCAUUCUCCCUCUUUCCAUCACCCCGCCCCAUUCUCCCGCAUUCCAUCACCCCGCCCCAUUUUCCCUCCUUCCAUCACCCCGCUCCAUUCUCCCGCUUUCCAUCACCCCGCCCAAUUCUCCCUCUUUCCAUCACCCCUCCCCAUUCUCCCUCUUUCCAUCACCCCGCCCCAUUCUCCCGCUUUCCAUCACCCCGCCCCAUUCUCCCUCUUUUCCAUCACCCCGCCCCAUCUCUCCCUCUUUCCAUCACCCCGCCCCAUUCUCCCGCUUCCAAUCACCCCGCCCAUUCUCCCUCUUUCCAUCACCCCGCCCCAUUCUCCCGCUUUCCAUCACCCCGCCCCAUUCUCCCUCUUUCCAUCACCACGCCCCAUUUUCCCUCUUUCCAUCACCCCAGCCCCAUUCUCCCGCUUCCAUCACCCCGCCCCAUUCUCUCGCUUUCGAUCACCCCGCUCCAUUCUCCCCGCUUUCCAUCACCCCGCCAAUCUCCCUCUUUCUAUCAACCCCUCUCCAUUCUCCCUCUUUCCAUCACCCCGCCACCCAUUCUCCCGCCCUUUUCAUCACCCCGCCCCAUUCUCCCGCUUCCAUCGCCCCGCCCAAUCUCCGCUUUCCAUCACCCCCGCCCAAUUCUCCCGCCUUCCAUCACCCCGCCCCCCAUUCUCCCGCUUUCCAUCAGCCCGCCCAUUCUCCCGCUUUACAUCUCCCCGCCCCCAUUCUCCCGCUUUCCAUCACAGUGCCCCAUUCUCCCGCUUUUCCAUCACACCGCCCCAUUCUCCGCGUUCCCAUAACCCCAACCCCCAUUGUUCCGCUUUCCAUCACCCCGCCACAUUCUCCCACUUUCCAUCACCCCGCCCCCUUCUCUCUCCUUCCAUCACCCCGCCCCAUUCUCCCUCCUUCCAUCACCCCGCCCCAUUCUCCCGCUCUUCAUCAGCCCGCCCCAUUCUCCCGCUUUCCAUCACCCCUCCCCUUUCUCCCGCUUUCCAUCACCCCGCCCCAUUCUUCCGCUUCCCAUCAUCCCGCCCCAUUCCCCCGCUUUCCAUCACCCCCUCCCCCAUUCUCCCUCCUUCCAUCACCCGCCCCCAUUCUCUCUCUUUCCAUCACUCCGCCCCAUUCUCCCGCUUUCCAUCACCCCGCCCCAUUCUCCCGCUUUCCAUCACCCCGCCCCAUUCUCCCUCCUUCCAUCACCCCGCCCCAUUCUCCCGCUUUCUAUCACCCCGCCCCAUUCUCCCUCCUUCCAUCACCCCGCCCCAUUCUCCCUCAUUCCAUCACCCCACUCCAUUCUCCCGCUUUCCAUCACCCCGCCCCAUUCCCCCUCUUUCCAUCAGCCCGCCCCAUUCUCCCGCUUUCUUCACCCCGCCCCAUUUCUCCCGCUUUCCAUCACCCCGCCCCAUUCUUCCUCUAUCCAUCACCCCGCCCCAUUCUCCCGCUUUCCAUCACCCCGCCCCAUUCUCCCCUCUUUCAUCACCCUGCCCCAUUCUCCCUCUUUCCAUCACCCCACCCCAUUCUCCCGCUUUCCACGCCUGCCCAUUCUCCCGCUUCCAUCACCCCGCCCCCAUUCUCCCGCGUUCCGUCACCCCGCCCCCAUUCUCCCGCUUUCCACUCACCCCGCACUUCUCCCUCUUUCCAUUACCCCCGCCCCCCAUUCUCCGCUUUCCAUCACCCUGCCCCCAUUCUCCCUCUUUUCCAUCACCCCACCCCAUUCUCCCUCUUUCAAUCACCCCGCCCCAUUCUCUCGCUUUCCAUCACCUUGCCCCAUUCUCCUGCUUUCCAUCACCCCGCCCCAUUCUCCCCUCUUUCCAUCACCCCGCCAAUUCUCCCUCUUUCCAUCACCCCGCUCCAUUCUCCCGCUUCUCAUCACCCCCGCCCAAUUCUCCCUCUUUUCAUCACCCCGCCCCAUUCUCCCUCUUUCCAUCACCCAGCCCCAUUCUCCUGCUUUCCAUCACCCCGCCUCUAUUCUCCCGCUUUCCAUCACCCCGCCCCAAUUCUCCCUCUUUUUCAUCACCCCUCCCCAUUCUCCCUCUGUCUCCAUCACCCCGCCCCACUCUCCGCUUUCCAUCACCCUGCCCUAUUCUCCCUCUUUCCAUCACCCCGCCCCAUUCCUCCCGCUUUCCAUCACCCCGCCCCAUUCUUCCUCUUUCCAUCACCCCGCCCCAUUCUUCCGCUUCCAUCACCCCGCCCGUUCUCCCUCUUUCCAUCACACCUGCCCCAUUCUCCCUCUUUCCCAUCACCCCCACCCCAUUCUCCCGCUUUCCAUCGCCCUGCACCCAUUCUCCCGCUUUCCAUCACCCCGCCCCAUUCUCCCGCAUUCCAUCACCCCGCCCCAUUCUCCCGCUUUCCAUCACCCUGCCCCAUUCUCCCUCUAUUCCAUCACCCCGCCGUAUUCUCCCUUUUUCCAUCACCCGCCCCAUUCUCCCGCAUUCCAUCACCCAGCCCCAUUCUCCCGCUUUCCAUCACCCCGCCCCUUCCUCCCACUUUCCAUCACCCCGCCCCAUUCUCCCUCUUUCCAUCACCCCUGCCCCCAUUUCUCCCUCUUUCCAUCACCCCGCUCCAUUCUCCCGCUUUUCAUCACCCCGCCCAAUUCCUCCCUCUUUUCAUCACCCCUUCCCCAUUCUCCCUCUUUCCAUCACCCCGCCCCCCACUCUCCCGCUUUCCAUCACCCCGCCCUAUUCUCCCUUCUUCUCCCAAUUCCACCCCGCACCAUUCUCCCCGCUUUCCAUCACCCACGCCCCAUUCUUCCUAAAUCCAUCACCCCGCCCCAUUCUCCCGCUUUCCAUCACCCCUCCUCAUUCCUCCCUCUUUCCAUCACCCUGCCCCAUUUCUACCUCUUUUCCAUCACCCCGCCCCAUUCUCCCGCUUUCCAUCGCCCUGCCCCAUUCUCUCCCGCUUCCAUCACCCCGCCCCAUUCUCCCGCUCUUCCAUCACCCCGCCCCAUUCUCCCGCUUUCCAUCACCCCAGCCCCAUUCUCCCUCUUUCCAUCACCCCCGCUCUAUUCUCCCUUUUUCCAUCACCCCGCCCCCAUUCUCCCGCUUUCCAUCACCCCGCCCCUUCCUCCCGCUUUCCAUCACCCCGCCCCAUUCUCCCUCUUUCCAUCACCCUGCCCCAUUCUCCCUCUUUCCAUCACCCCGCCCUCCAUUCUCCCGCUUUCCAUCACCCCGCCCAAUUUCUCCCUCUUCUCCAAUCACCCCUCCCCAUUCUCACUCUUUCCAUCACCCCGCCCCACUCUCCCACUUUCCAUCAAACCCGCCCUAUUCUCCCUCUUUCCAUCACCCCGCCCCAUCUCUCCCGCUUUCCAUCACCCCGCCCCCAUUCUCCCUCUUUCCAUCACCCUGCCCCAUUUUCCCGCUUUCCAUCACCCCGCCCCAUUCUCCCUCUUUUCAUCACCCUGCCCCAUUCACCCGCUUUCCAUCGCACCACCCCAUUCUCCUGCUUUCCAUCACCCCGCCCCAUUCUCCCGCUUUCCAUCACCCCGCCCCAUUCUCCCGCUUUCCAUCACCCCGCCCCAUUCUCCCGCUUUCCAACACCCCGCCCAAUUCUCCCCUCUUUCCAUCACCCUGCCGUAUUCUCCCUCUUUCCAUCACCCCGCCCAUUCUCCUUCUUUCCAUCACCCUGCCCCCCAUUCUCCCGCUUUCCAUCACCCCGCCCCAUUCUCCCUCUUUCCAUCACCCUGCCCCAUUCUCCCUCUUUCCAUCACCCCACCCCAUUUCUCCCGCUUUCCAUUGCCCCGCCCCAUUCUCCGCUUUCCAUCACCCCGCCCCAUUCUCCCUCUUUCCAUCACCCCGCCCCAUUCUCCCGCUUUCCAUCACCCCGCCCCAUUCUCCCUCUUUCCAUCACCCCGCCGUAUUCUCCCUCUUUCCAUCACCCCGCCCCCAUUCUCCCGCUUUCCAUCACCCCGCCCCCAUUCUCCCGCUUUCCAUCACCCCGCCCCAUUCUCCCGCUUUCCAUCACCCCGUCCCAUUCUCCCGCUUUCCAUCACCCCGCCCCAUUCUCCCGCUUUCCAUCACCCCGCUCCAUUCUCCGGCUUUCCAUCACCCUGCCAAAUUCUCCCUCUUUCCAUCACCCGUCCACAUUCUCCCUCUUUCAUCAGCCCCAUUCUCCCGCUUUCCAUCACCCCCGCCCCAUUCUCCCUCUUUCCAUCACCCCACCCCAUUCUCCCUCUUUCCAUCACCCCGCCCCAUUCUCUCGCUUUCCAUCCACCCCGCCCCAUUCUCCCGCUUUCCAUCACCCCGCCCCAUUCUCCCUCUUUCCAUCACCCCGCCCCAUUCUCCCGCUUUCCAUCACCCCGCUCCAUUUUCCCGCUUUCCAUCACCCCGCCCCAAUUCUCCCUCUUUCCAUCACCCCUCCCCAUUCUCCCUCUUUCUAUCACCCCGCCCCAUUCACCCUCUUUUCCAUCACCCCGCCCCAUUCUCCCUCUUUCCAUCACCCUGCCCCAUUUUCCCUCUUUCCAUCAACCCCAGCCCCCAUUCUCCCUCUUUCCAUCACCCCGCCCCAUUCUCUCGCUUUCCAUCAUCCCGCUCCAUUGUCCCGCUUUCCAGACCCCGCCCAACUCUCCCUCUUUCCAUCACCCCUCCCCAUUCUCCCUUUUUCCAUCACCCCGCCCCAUUCUCCCUCUUUCCAUCACCCCCGCCCCAUUCUCCCUCUUUCCAUCACCCCGCCCCAUUCUCCCUCUUUCCAUCACCCCGCCCCACUCUCCCACCUUCCAUCACCCCGCCCAAUUCUCCCUCUUUCCAUCACCCUGCCCCAUUCUCCCUCUUUCCAUCACCCGCUCCAUUCUCCCGCUUUUCAUCACCCCGCCCAAUUCUCCCUCUUUUUUAUCACCCCCUCCCCAUUCUCCCUCUUUCCAUCACCCCGCCCCACUCUCUCCGCUUUCCAUCACCCCGCCCCAUUCUCUCGCUUUCCAUCACCCCGCCCCAUUCUCCCGCUUUCCAUCACCCCGCCCCAUUCUCCCUCUUUUCCAUCACCCGCCCCAUUCUCCCGCUUUCCAUCACCCCGCUCCAUUUUCCCCGCUUUCCAUCACCCCGCCCAAUUCCCCUCUUUCCAUCACCCCUCCCCAUUCUCCCUCUUUCUAUCACCCCGCCCCAUUCACCCUCUUUCCAUCACCCCGCCCCAUUCUCCCUCUUUCCAUCACCCUGCCCCAUUUUCCCUCUUUCCAUCACCCCGCCCCAUUCUCCCUCUUCCAUCCACCCCGCCCCAUUCUCUCGCUUUCUUCCAUCAUCCCGCUCCAUUGUUCCCGCUUUCCAUGACCCCGCCCAACUCUCCCUCUUUCCAUCACCCCUCCCCAUUCUCCCUUUUUCCAUCACCCCGCCCCAUUCUCCCUCUUUCCAUCACCCCGCCCCCAUUCUCCCUCUUUCCAUCACCUCCGCCCCAUUCUCCCUCUUUCCAUCACCCCCGCCCCACUCUCCCACCCUUCCAUCACCCCGCCCAAUUCUCCCUCUUUCCACUUCACCCUGCCCCAUUCUCCCUCUUUCCAUCACCCCGCUCCAUUCUCCCGCUUUUCAAUCACCCGCCCAAUUCUCCCUCUUUUCAUCACCCCCUCACCCAUUCUCCCUCUUUCCAUCACCCCGCCCCACUCUCCCGCUUUCCAUCACCCCGCCCUAUUCUCCCUCUUUCCAUCACCCCGCCCCAUUUCUCCCGCUUUCCAUCACCCCCGCCCCAUUCUUCCUCUUUCCAUCACCCCCGCCCCCAUUCUCCCGCUUUCCAUCACCCCGCCCCAUUCCCCCUCUUUCCAUCACCCUGCCCCAUUCUCCCUCUUUCCAUCACCCCGCCCCAUUCUCCCGCUUUCCAUCGCCCUGCCCCAUUCUCCCGCUUUCCAUCCACCCCGCCCCCAUUCUCCCGCUUUCCAUCACCCCGCCCCAUUCUCCGCUUUCCAUCACCCCGCCCCAUUUCUCCCUCUUUCCAUCACCCCGCUCCUAUCUCCCUUUUUUCCAUCACCCCGCCCCCAUUCUCCCGCUUUCCAUCACCCCGCCCCUUCCUCCCGCUUUUCCAUCACCCCGCCCCAUUCUCCCUCUUUCCAUCACCCUGCCCACAUUCUCCCUCUUUCCAUCACCCCGCUCCCAUUCUCCCGCUUUCCAUCACCCCGCCCAAUUCUCCCUCUUUCCAUUCACCCCUCCCCAAUUCUCACUCUUUCCAUCACCCCGCCCCACUCUCCCACUUUCCAUCAACCCGCCCUAUUCUCCCUCUUUCCAUCACCCCGCCCCAUUCUCCCGCUUUCCAUCACCCCGCCCCAUUCUCCCUCUUUAUAUCACCCCCGCUCCAUUCUCCCGCUUUCCAUCACUCCCCGCCCCAUUCUCCCUCUUUCAUCACCCUGCCCCAUUCACCCACUUUCCAUCGCCCCACCCCCAUUCUCCUGCUUUCCAUCACCCCGCCCCCAUUCUCCCUCUUUCCAUCACCCCGCCGUAUUCUCCCUCUUUCCAUCACCCCGCCCCAUUCUCCCGCUUUCCAUCACCCCGCCUCAUUUCUCCCGCUUUCCAUCACCCCGCCCCCAUUCUCCCGCUUUCCAUCACCCCGCCCCAUUCUCCCGCUUUCCAUCACCCCCGCCCCAUACUCCCGCUUUCCUAUCCACCCCGCUCCAUUCUCCGGCUUUCCAUCACCCCGCAAAUUCUCCCCUCUUUCCAUCACCCGUCCCCAUUCUCCCUCUUUCCAUCACCCAGCCCCAUUCUCCCGCUUUCCAUCACCCCGCCCCAUUCUCCCUUUUUCCAUCACCCCACCCCAUUCUCCCGCUUUCCAUCACCCCGCCCCAUUCUCUCGCUUUCCAUCAUCCCGCCCAAUUCUCCCUCUUUCCAUCACCCCUCCCCAUUCUCCCUUUUCCAUCACCCCCCACCCCAUUCUCCCUCUUUCCAUCAAACCCCCCCCAUCUUCCCUCUUUCCAUCACCCCGCCCCAUUCUCCCGCUUUCCAUCACCCCGCCCCAUUCUCUCGCUUUCCAUCAUCCCGCUCCAUUGUCCCGCUUUCCAUCACCCCCGCCCAAUUCUCCCUCUUUCCAUCACCCCUCCCCAUUCUCCCUUUUUCCAUCACCCGCCCCAUGCUCCCCUCUUUCCAUCACCCCGCCCCCAUUCUCCCUCUUUCCCAUCACCCCGCCCCAUUCUCCCUCUUCCAUCACCCCGCCCCACUCUCCCACCUUCCAUCACCCCGCCCAAUUCUCCCUCUUUCCAUCACCCUGCCCCAUUCUCCCUCUUUCCAUCACCCCGCUCCAUUCUCCCGCUUUUCAUCACCCCGCCCAAUUCUCCCUCUUUUCAUCACCCCUCCCCAUUCUCCCUCUUUCCAUCACCCCGCCCCACUCUCCCGCUUUCCAUCACCCCGCCCUAUUCUCCCUCUUUCCAUCACCCGCCCCAUUCUCCCCGCUUUCCAUCACCCCGCCCCAUUCUUCCUCUUUCCAUCACCCCGCCCCAUUCUCCCGCUUUCCAUCACCCCCGCCCCAUUCCCCCUCUUCUCCAUCACCCUGCCCCCAUUCUCCCUCCCCGCCCCAUUCUCCCGCUUUCCAUCGCCCUGCCCCAUUCUCCCACUUUCCAUCACCCCGCCCCAUUCUCCGCUUUCCAUCACCCCCGCCCCAUUCUCCCACUUUCCAUCACCCCGCCCCAUCUCCCUCUUUCCAUCACCCCGCUCUAUUCUCCCUUUUUCCAUCACCCCGCCCCAUUCUCCCGCUUUUCCAUCACCCCGCCCCCUUCCUCCCGCUUUCCAUCACCCCGCCCCAUUCUCCCUCUUUCCAUCACCCUGCCCCAUUCUCCCUCUUUCCAUCUCCCCGCUCCAUUCUCCCGCUUUCCAUCACCCCGCCCAAUUCUCCCCUCUUUCCAUCACCCCUCCCCAUUCUCACUCUUUCCAUCACCCCGCCCCACUCUCCCACUUUCCAUCAACCCGCCCUAUUCUCCCUCUUUCCAUCACCCCGCCCCCAUUCUCCCGCUUUCCAUCACCCCGCCCCAUUCUCCCCUCUUUCCAUCACCCCGCCCCAUUCUCCCGCUUUCCAUCACCCCGCCCCAUUUCUCCCUCUUUUCAUCACCCUGCCCCAUUCACCCACUUUCCAUCGCCCCACUCCAUUCUCCUGCUUUCCAUCACCCCGCCCAUUCUCCCUCUUUCCAUCACCCCGCCGUAUUCUCCUCUUCUCCAUCACCCCGCCCCAUUCUCCCGCUUUCCAUCACCCCGCCUCAUUCUCCCGCCUUUCCAUCACCCCGCCCCCUUCUCCCGCUUUCCAUCACCCCGCCCCAUUCUCCCGCUUUCCAUCACCCGCCCCAUUCUCCCGCUUUCCAUCACCCCGCUCCAUUCUCCCGGCUUUCCAUCACCCCGCCCAAAUUCUCCCUCUUUCCAUCACCCGUCCCCAUUCUCCCUCUUUCCAUCACCCAGCCCAUUCUCCCGCUUUUCCAUCACCCCGCCCCAUUCUCCCUCUUUCCAUCACCCCACCCCAUUCUCCCUCUUUCCAUCACCCCGCCCCCUCCAUCACCCCGCCCCAUUCUCCCGCAUUUCCAUCACCCCGCCCCAUUCUCACCUCUUUCCAUCACCCCGCCCCAUUCUCCCGCUUUCCAUCACCCCGCUCCAUUUCCCGCUUUCCAUCACCCCGCCCAAUUCUCCCUCUUUCCAUCACCCCUCCCCAUUCUCCCUCUUUCUAUCACCCCGCCCCAUUCACCCUCUUUCCAUCACCCCGCCCCAUUCUCCCUCUUUCCAUCACCCUGCCCCAUUUUCCCUCUUUCCAUCACCCCGCCCCAUUCUCCCGCUUUCCAUCACCCCGCCCCAUUCUCUCGCUUUCCAUCAUCCCGCUCCAUUUCUGCUUCAUCACCCCGCCCAAUUCUCCCUCUUUCCAUCACCCCUCCCCGUUCUCCCUUUUUCCGUCACUUCGCCCCAUUCUCCCGCUUUCCAUCACCCCGCCCCAUUCUCCCUCUUUCCAUCACCCGGCCCCAUUCUCCCUCUUUCCAUCACCCCGCCCCAUUCUUCCGCUUUCCAUCACCCCGCCCCAUUCUACCGCUUUCCGUCACCCUACCCCAUUCUCCAACUCUCCAGCACCCCGCCCCAUUCUCCCUCUUUCAUCACCCCGCCCCAUUCUCCCGCUUUCCAUCACCCCACCCAUUCUCCCUCUUUCCAUCACCCCGCCCCAUUCUCCCUCUUUCCAUCACCCUGCCCCAUUCUCCCUCUAUCCAUCACCCCGCCCAAUCCUCUCGCUUUCAUCACCCGUCCCAUUCUCCAGCUUUCCAUCACCUCGCCCCAUUCUUCUGCUUUCCAUCACCCCACCCCAUCCUCCCUCUUUCCAUCACCCCGCCCCAUUCUCCCGAUUUCCAUCACCCCGCCCCGUUCCCCGCUUUCCAUCACCCCGCCCCAUUCUCCCGCUUUCUAUCAUCCCGCCCCAUUCUCCCGCUUUCCAUCACCCCGCCCCAUUCUUCCUCUUUCCUCACCCCGCCCAUUCUUCCUCUUUCCAUCACCCCGCCCCAUUCUCCCGAUUUCCAUCACCCCGCCCCAUUCUCCCACUUUCCAUCACCCCGCCCCAUUCUACCUCUUUCCAUCACCCGCCCCAUUCUCCCUCUUUCCAUCACCCCGCCCCACUCUCCCGCCUUCCAUCACCCCGCCCAAUUCUCCCUCUUUCCAUCACCCCGCCCCAUUCUCCCUCUUUCCAUCAACCCACCCCAGUCUCCCGCUUUCCAUCACCCCGCCCCAUUCUCCCUCUUUCCAUCACCCCGCCCCAUUCUCCCUCUUUCCAUCACCCUGCCCCAUUCUCCCGCUUUCCAUCACCGCGCGCCAUUUUCCCUCUUUCCAUCACCCCGCCCCAUUCUCCCGCUUUUCAUCACCCCGCCCCAUUCUCUCGCUUCCAUCAUCCCGCUCCAUUGUCUGCUUUCCAUCACCCCGCCCAAUUCUCCCUCUUUCCAUCACCCCUCCCCAUUCUCCCUUUUUCCAUCACUUCGCCCAUGCUCCCGCUUUCCAUCACCCCGCCCAUUCUCCCUCUUUCAAUCCCCGCCCCAUUCUCCCUCUUUCCAUCACCCCGCCCCAUUCUUCCGCUUUCCAUCACCCCGCCCAUUCUACCGCUUUCCGUCACCCUACCCAUUCUCAACUUUCCAGCACCCCGCCCCACUCUCCCUCUUUCCAUCACCCCGCCCCAUUCUCCUGCUUUCAUCACCCCACCCAUUCUCCCUCUUUCCAUCACCCCGCCCCAUUCUCCCUCUUUCCAUCACCCCGCCCCAUUCUCCUCUUUCCAUCACCCCUCCCCAUUCUCUCGCUUUCCAUCAUCCCGCUCCAUUGUCCCGCUUUCCAUCACCCCGCCCCAUUCUCCCUCUUUCCAUCACCCGCCCCAUUCUCCCGCUUUCCAUCACCCCCCCCAUUCUCCCUCUUUCCAUCACCCCGCCCCAUUCUCCCUGUUUCCAUCACCCCGCCCCAUUCUCCCGCUUUCCAUCACCCCGCGCCAUUUCCCUCUUUCCAUCACCCCCGCCCCAUUCUCCCGCUUUCCAUCACCCCGCCCCAUUUCUCGCUUUCCAUCAUCCCGCUCCAUUGUCCCGCUUUCAAUCACCCGCUGUUGGUGCAACCCUAUG